AUGCUUCAAGGCAUACCAACUGAAGAUAAUGCAACAUACAUGCCACGACCAUUUUUAUUAUCAGCAUACGGUAUUAAUAAUAAAAUUACUGCAAUGGAGGUGUUAAAUCGGUGGAUGUAUAUUUUUCGAAAUUGUUUAGACAAAGGUGUUCGUCUUAUUGGUUUUUCGACAGAUGCUGACAGAAGAUACGUAAGCGCCAUGCGUCUUGCAAGCGGUUUUUUUGCAUCAUUAUCUGAUUUACAAUUAGAUAAGCAUCAACAUGGAUUUAAAAUAGAUAUACCGAAACAUUGGAAAUGGUUUUUUCUUCGACAAAAUCAACUCUUCUUGUUUUUUCAAGAUCCAGUUCAUCUAGUCACAAAAUGGAGAAAUAGGUUACUAUCAUCGACAGCAAAUUUGUGUUUUGGAAUUGAUAAAAUUAGUAUUUCACAAAUUGAAGCAUUGAUCAAUGAUAGUCAAGAUACAAAAUUAGAUCAUGGUUUAACAAACAGCGAUAUUAAUCCAAAAAGAUCGGCAAAACUAUCGCUCAUGUUGAAACAGCAUGAUUUACCUAAACAAGCACUGCUCGGUGUGCAUUUAUUCAAUUCUCAACCAUGUGAAUCAAUUUUUAGAGAUGCACGAUCACUAAGUGGUUCAUUCUCGACCAUAGUCAAUUUCACUGUCAACAAUUUUAUUCGACGUUCACAAAAACUAUCAAUAUUGAAUCAAAUUAAAUAUGAUCAAUCGGAAAACAAUCUAUGCUUUCCAUUACAUUACAAACACAAACACGACGAUUCAUUAACAUCUCCAGAUCGAUUAGAUGAAAUAGAUACAUUAGAUGUCGAACUAGUUAUAUCAAACGCAUACAAUCAAGCAAUCAAUAUUGUGAAACACUCAAAAAUGUUACAAACAUUAACUCGAAAUGGUAUAACUGAUAUAGACAACUUGGGUGAAUUUGUAUUCGAUAGCUUAAGGAAAACUUCGAAAAUGUUUGGGCAUUCAUCACAAGCAACAAUUGAUCACAAUGAGGAGUUGGAAUCAGAUGAUGAUGAACAUGGUGAUGAAGAUGACGAAGAUAAUGAUAUGGAGGAUGAUGGACAAGAUGACUUCGAUGAAAUAUUAUCAGAUUUUAAAAACGAAGACUGCAAUGAUGAUGCAGAGGUAUUAAAUUCAACCAGAGCCAACUUUAAUGGAAUAAAGAUCGUGGAUAAUAUUAAUCCGAUGUUAAAAUCCUCGUACUUCAAGCUCAAAAUAAAUGACAAAAUUAAAUACCUUCACAAACAAUCGGCCUGUUGGCUGUUAUCAAAUACAAUAACUAAGUUAUCGAGUGAUCGUUUAACUCGAGUCAUGCAGCAAACAACUAAUAACAGUUCAUAA